UUAAUUUGCAAAAACAUGAUGAUUUACAUAAUUUUAACUUUAAAUCAUUUAGAGCUUGCUAUCAUCCCACAAAAACUAAACAUUAAUAAAACUUACCACUUACCACUAUAUAAACGAACCAAAUUUCAAACGUUGAGGUUAAAAAAAAUUAAAGUGUGAAAACAAGAUACGAAUAAACUACAUUGAAUGUUUUAAAUUCAAAAAGCUGUUGCGAAUUUCUCUAAGAAUUCCGACCAGUGGGCUGGUAUAGGGCACAUAAUUCAUAAUAAUGAUUGAUAUUGAUUGUAUUUUAUUUUAAAUAUUAAUAUAAUCUAAGACUGUUAUUAUAUUUGACGAGGAUGAAGAUUCAGAGCAUCAAUCAGCUCUGAAAAGGUAGAAAAUAUUUCCUACUUUACUGGACUUGUUAUAAGUAUGGCUAAUUACUGCAUAGCUGUUGUAAAGAGGCCAAACAACUUUAAUAUAAUUAUAGUAGGUAGGUAUGUACAUACAUUUCAUACACCUACGAUUAUUUUCUUAUCCAACAAUAUCCGCGACCAAGUGGAGCAAGUUCGUCUGGUUACCAACAUAAAGGCUAUCUAUGAUCGGCCAAUAAUAAAUUAUUAAUAUCGAGAAACAAUUUGUAAUAGGCCUAGUUUUUGGUCCUUCGAAUCCGGAGAUACUGUUCAUGUACUUGCAAAAAGAGGCGAGAAAAUUUAGGUUAGGUAUGGACAAUUUUUAUGCUUGAUUUUAGUUUUUAACUGUGAUUUUUUUGUAAUUUGUGAAAUAAGAUCAUGUUCGAGCAGUAAACCGCUGAGAGCCUAUUCUUUAUAUUAUAUUAAAUUAUAUAGAAUAUACAUUUUUAUGAGAACGGAAAAGCGACGUGAAUUAUUUCAACUCUGUAGGACAAGUGGAACUCACAAGAUUAGAUUAGGUACAAUGUACAAUCAGACUAGUUAAUUAAAAAAGUGAAACUAAUAAAUGCUUUUAAAAAAAGAAUGUUUGCUGCAAUUGCACACUACAUUCUAUGUGCCAGACCACAAAAUUAAUGGUUAGGCACGUGUUAAGUUAUUAACAGGGUGCGGCCUAAUGUCUCGAACUUACCCAUUGAAUAUGUGACCUAAACACGUCAAUUACUAGCCCAGUCGCGUGUACCUGCCUCGAUUACUUUGUGUGUAAUAUGGUAUAUUGAGUCAUGUUAGAAGGAGGCCGAUAGAAUUUCACGGCAAACAGCAUAACCACAAUAAUCAAGCAAAAUUAAAUUUAUCUACCUAAGUACAUAAUGUACUUAGUAUAGGGUGAACUGAUUAGUACUUAGUUAUCUCUUAGAUGCAAGAAGGAUAGAUAUUUAUCAUCAUAAUAUAUAGACUAUUCAAGGGACAAUAACUCUUGUAUCUUCCAGAACUGUUACGGUAUACUGAAUCAACUGAAUGCGAUGCUCGAGUGUAGCUUACUUUCUGACGUGCUAAUGAUAGGUCGCAUGAUAGCUAAACUAUCACCUGUGGUAUCACAAAUAAACAAACCAGAACGGUUUCUACACAUUUAAUUACAUCCGUUCCGCAGUCAUGGACCAAGUGCAUCGUGACACUGGGUGCAAGGUAGACGCCUUGCACUUGACAAAUGUUCUAUUUAGCCAAAUAGUUAAAUAUAAAAAUAAAGAAAUGAAGUAUUUCCACGUAGUCGUACUAUUUAGCUUAAUCAUCAUCGGUGAUGGCGAACUGUGGUAUUCGGCAACGGGCAUCGAUAAAGAUAAGGCUAAAUCGACAAAAGCUUACGAUACAGAAUAUCUUCAAACUGAAGGCGGUUUCGUACCAUUAAUUGUAAAGAACUUCACCAAAUCAGUUGACAUAGACCCGAAUAAAUGGCAUUUCAAAAGAAAGAAACUGGAUCUGAAUUACGCUCAAAAUUCAAACUUGUCUGUAGCAGCUCACCCUAAUGCUACAUUAUUGCGGUACUUGAAUAAUGUGCGCAUAAUAAACGUAGCACAAACCAAGAAAACAAACAAUAAGCUAAUUCGAAAAAAAUGUCGGCCUAUGAGUAAUAAGAAGCUGUUGGGUAAGGGUAGGACAAGGUUUUUGGAAGUGUUUGAAGUGGUUGAGUUUGAACAUGUGGCCUGUAUUUCGAGUAGUGGCUUAGAGGGUACCUGUUUGCCCGAAAAUGAAUGCCAAAAUACAAAAGGCAGUCCUAUGGGAACUUGUGCUGAUGGAUACGGUACUUGUUGUGUCAUUGAAUUCAAAUGCGACGAUCAUACAGUAGCAUCUUCAGGUUGGUUCACUAACCCAGGUUUUCCAUCCCCAAGCACUGAAAGACUUUCUUGCGCGCUUUCUAUACAUAAAUCAUCAGAGGAUAUAAAACAGUUGCGUCUGGAUUUCAUGAAUUUUGAGCUGCUACCACCCACAGGCGGUACAUGCCAAGAAGACCAAUUCAUAGUAUCCGGACAAAAUGUAAACAAUAUGAUACCAAUUAUCUGUGGAGUUAAUACAGGUCAACACAUUUACAUCGAAGUUGGAGAAACUGAAGGACCUAUAAUAUUGGCUAUCCAAACAGUAUCUCCCGACUCAAGACUCUUUUCGAUAAAAAAUAAUUUAAACUAUGCUAUUUGCAUAAGCCGAGCAGCACAAACAUGCAGCGUUACGUACACUAAUUCAAAUUAUUACAUGCAAAUCGUCAAUUACGAUGCUGAUGGGCUACCAGUAAUACCAAAGGGUCAAGCAGGCGUAGAAAUAUUUAAUUGUCCCAGUGACUGGUUGUUGAUAUCGGCGACUCGACUCUGCGGCGAACGUCUUAAUGACGGAUCUGUAGUGCAAGACUUUUCUUUGGACGCCCCCGUCACAGAUUAUGGAGCUGGCCCGAUAGUCGUAUGGUUCAGAACUGAUGAAGGAUACGUUGGGCGUGGAUUCCAGCUGCGGUAUCAACAAAAUGCAUGUAGUUAACAUGCAUUUAGUAAAAAUGAUUAUUUGUAGCAAAAAAAUCUUAAAACGAAUUGUAUUACAUAUUUAAACUACCUACAUACUACAUUUAAUAAAAAAUAUACCUACUGGUACAUAAUUUCAUUUGGUUUUGUAUAUUUCUAAUUUCAAAACGGUGUGAAAGGUAUAGCUUUGCAUUACUUAUGUAAAAAAAAUGUGUUUGACACUGGCAUACUUGACAAUGACAUUCUAUUCUGUAACCUUUCUUUGCCUU